ACCUAGCGCCUGUACGGGGUACAUAUACGGGGUACAUAGUCUUGCAGACAUACAUACUUCCCUAUCGGUCCAAACAGGGCUAGUCCUACCCCUCGAGUUUGCACUGUUUGCACCGUGGGCUGUCAGAUCAAAGGCUUCACUUUCACCUCCCCAUACCCACAUCCAGCCAACCACACCAAGUACAGCACAUUGCACACCAUGCCGCAAAUCGAAGAGCUCCCCGACGACUUCGAUGAGUCCAUCGACCUCAACAAGCAGCCAAAGCCCGCUGCAGACCUCCCCGGCAUGCCUCCCGGCGGGGACCAGAUUCCCUUCCCGAUCAAUGAGGAGCGCAUGAAGGAACUCGAGGCGAUGGAUCCGUUGGCGCCGAAGAUGCCGCCGAAUAUGGCGUCGGUCAAGUCGCAUACGAAGGAGGAGUUGUUGGAUAUGAUGAAUAAGACGCCGUUGUUUAUGACGGAUAUUAGCCAGGCUGGGGAUGAGAACGGCGAAAAUGUCAUGCUCGACGCCCUCUACGCCCUGCAGAACGAAGGUACCCGUGGCGACGUUGCGCAAAAUUUCUAUUCUAAAGCUAUCGCGGUUGUCCUAGCUAAGGAGGACAAAUGGGAUAAGCCAGAGAAUCCUGAAGAGGACAAAAAGGUGCUGCGCCAGGCGGAGGAGGCUUCGUACAUCAACCGCGCGCUGUGCCAUUUGGAGCUGAGAAACUACCGCUCGUGUACUCUUGACUGCGCGUCUGCCCUCAAGCUCAACCCCGAGAACGUCAAGGCGUUCUACCGCUCCUCGACUGCGCUAUACGCCCUGGACAAAGUCCCCGAAGCCGAAGACGCUGCCUCGCGCGGUCUCGAACUCGAUCCCGAAAACAAACCCCUCCAAGCGACAGCUACGAAGAUCGCAGAGCGCAAGGCCGCUCUUGAGCGCAUCGCAACCAAGAAGAAGGCCGAAGCCGACAGAAUCCGCAAAGAAACACAACUCCUCACCGUCGCACUGAAGGCCCGAGAAAUCCGUACCCGCAAAACUGGACAACCGCCGGAGAUGGAGGAUGCGGGGAUAUGCCUGAGCCCUGACCCUCUCUCGCCUGAUAGUACCCUUGAAUUCCCCGCUGUGUUCUUGUACCCCACGGAUGCGCAGUCGGAUUUCAUCAAGGCGUUUUCGGAGAUGCACUCUAUCGAGGACCAUUUGGAUUACAUCUUCCCGUUGCCGUGGGAUACGAAGAAGGAAUACACCAUUGAUAACGUGGAGUGCUAUAUGCAGACCGUUGCCGGUGGGUUGAUCAAGGCUGGCAAGAAGCUGCCUCUUCUGCAGAUCUUGAGCGGAGGCAAGGUCGAAGUUGUCGAUGAGCUGGUGGCGAUCUACGUGGUGCCAUCGUCGAAGACUGGGAGGUUUAUCUCGGAGAUGAAGGCCAGAAAGGAGAGUGGAAGCUGAGCCCGUUGCUCUUUUGUGCCCUGACACGACAUGAUGAAACAAUCCGAUAGGGAAACUACAUAGCAGCCAUAUUACCCGCGAUGGCGAUUAGCCGCGCAGGUAUGGGGUAUUAUCCGGCAGCACCACGAGUCGCGGCGAUUAUGCCGCGAUACGGUUGGCACUCUGUGUCACUGCGAGCUGCAGAUUCGUGUAUAUAAACAUUCGACUGAAUUAUGAAUGGAUACCCUGCAUAGCUUUUGCUACACUAUUGAAAUGAUACACAGUACUACCUCGGUUUGACCGUGCUUUUAGGCAAAUUCGGAGAUGCUCCUCGAGUAGACUCAAUUCCGAUUCGACAUGCUGAAAUGCACCUGGUUAAUAUCAUACAGACAUUUGACAGA